AAGGGCCACAUGACAAGGAUCUGCUGGUGGCCUCCAGGAGCUGAGAGCCACCCUUGGCCAACAGCUACCAAGAAAAUAGGGACUUCAGUCUAUGAUCACAGGAACUGAAUUCUCCCAACAACUACAUGAGCUUGGAAGAGGACCCCGAGCUUCAGAAAGGAACGUUGACCAGCUGACACCUUAAAUGAAGUCUGGUGAAACCUUGAGUAGAAGACCCAGCCAAGCUGUGCCUGCAUUCCUGACCCAUGGAAUCUAUCCUUGCCAGCGUCAGCCUUGAAGAAUUCUGCAUCUGGUUUGCAGCCCAACAAGCUAAGGAAUGUGAUUCAUCAAGAUUUUUUGGUUGAGGCACAGAUGCCAGGAAGUAUGGCCCCCCUCAAGAAGACUGGAAAUACCACAAGGUUGCCCCUGGCUUUAAACCCCCUGAAGAGCAAGGACGUGUUGGCAGUGCUGGCUGAGAGGAACCAGGCUAUAGUACCAGUUGGGGCAUGGGUGGAACCCGCCUCACCACAUAGUUCGGAAAUCCCAGCGUCUACUUCAGCAUAUAUGAUUGAAGAGGAGCUAAAGGAAGAGCUAAGAAAAAAACAAGAAGCUUUGAGGCGUUUUCAGAGACAAGUCAAACAUCGAGUAAAUCAACAAAUUAGGCUGAGGAAAAAGCAGCAGCUUCAGAAGUCUUACGAAGCAGCAGAAAAAGAAAGCUCUAUAGCCAUGCAGUCUUCAGAUCCAGCACACUUAACUCCUAAAAGAACAAGUGUUUUUCCAAACAAUUUGAAUGCUGCUAUUGGAAGUGCUAGGUCACUCCUUUCUGAGAUGCUUGGGGAUGGAAUAGAAGAUAGAGAGAAUCAGAAUGAAUUAUUCCUACAACAAGCCCAGGCUCUUAGUCAAACCAUGAAACAGGCACGUCACCAGUUGGCAUCCUUUAAAACUGUGAGUAAAAAUGCAUCAGUGUUUCCAGAUGGUAGAAGGAAAAGCUCUCCCACCCAAGAGGAACCUGAGUCUGAGGAGUCUUCAUCUAUUACGGUAGACAAGAAAGGGAGAGAGAAUUUGUUUUGGGAGGGCUGGCAGGAUCUCCUUUGUGAAGACAAGGACAAACCUUUCAGCAGAGUUCAGAAAGUACACUUCAAAAAUCCAUUAUUUGCUGUGAUGGAAGAGAAAGAACUAGAACGGUUAGCUCUUCAGGGCCUUCAGGAUAUUCUGCCAGAAACCCACGAUUAUCUUCCAGAAGCCCAAGGUGAUCUGCUGGAAACCCAGGGUGAUUUGACAGGAAUCCAGAGUGUUGAGCUGGAAGCCCAGAGUAUUGAGCCAGAUACCCAGGCUAUUGAGUUGGAAGGCCAAGCCAUUGAGCCCAAAGCCCAGGCCAUUCAGCCUAAAGCCCAGGAUGUUAAGACAGAAACUCAGGGUAUUAUGCUGGAAGCCCAGAGUACUGAACCAGAAGAUGAGAGAAUUGCAUUGAAAAUCCAGGAUUUUCAACCCCUAAAUCAGGCUUUUCUCCCCAAAGACCAGAAUAUUCUACCCACAUAUCAGGACCAAGCUUUUCGACCCAAAGACCAACAUGUUCUCUCCAAAGACCAGAAUAUUCUGUCCAAAUGUCAGGACCAGGAUUUUCCACCCGAAGACCCGGAUUUUCUACCCAGAGAUCAGAAAGCAAAUUUGAAGGAGCCAGCAUCAAUUUUGAUAGGUGGGAGAGAGAGAGAGGCGUUUCCUCUGGAUGUCCAUCAGGAUCUACACAGGCAUGAAGAUCAGGCCUCCAGCAGGGGCAAGAAAGUACACUUCAAGGAGCCAUAUUCUGAUACCACAAAUGAGAAAGGGAGAGAAGACUUUUCUCUAGCAGGUUAUCAGUAUCUGCCUCCCAAACUCCAGGACCAGGCCUGCAUCAGAGAUCAGAACAUGUUUCUCGAGCAACCAUCAUCUUUUAUGAGAGAAGAUGGAGAUGAAUUGCCUCAGGAGUAUCAUCAGUUUGUUAAACAUAAAAUCCAGGACCAAGCCUCUUCCAGAGAACAGAUAGAGUGGAACACGAACAAGUGUCUCAAGCAACCCUCAUCUUUUGAGAAAUGGGAGAUUGAAAGAGGAAUUUCUCCUGGAGUGCCAUCGAGCUUAUACUUCAGGCAGCAGCCAUCUGUUGGGACAGCUGAAAGAUGGCGAGAGGAUUUGCUUCUGGAUGGCCCUCAGCAUCUGCCACCCAAGCACCAGAGAGAGGCUUCCAGAAGAAGACAGGUUUAUGAUGAAUAUCAAUCAGGAUUGAACACUGAAUUCCAAACUCCACUGGCACUUCAGUCUGGAGUAGAUCAAGAAGAAGACAAGAAAGAGCGUCAAAAGCAAUACCUGAGAUAUAGACGACUUUUCAUGGAUAUUGAAAGAGAACAAGUAAAAGAACAACAAAGGCAAAAAGAACAUAGGAAGAAAAUUGAAAAAAUUAAGAAAAAGAAAGAGCAGCAACGUUAUGCUGAAGAGCAGAGGAUACUAAGAAUGAGUUUUCAUAAAGAGCCAGAUUCAGGGGAGAAGAUGAGUGAGAUAUUAGCCCAGCUACAACUUGAGGAAAUAACAGGAGCCAGAGAAAAACAGCAACAGAGAGAAAAGGAAUACCAGAGAUAUGUAGAAGCUUUAAGAGCCCAGAUCCAAGAGAAAAUGCAGCUGUAUAAUGUUACUUUACCUCCACUAUGCUGCUGUGGUCCUGAUUUUUGGGAUGCUCAUCCUGAUACCUGUGCCAACAAUUGUAUUUUCUAUAAAAACCACAGAGCGUAUACCCGGGCACUACAUUCAGUCAUCAAUUCCUGUGAUAUCCCUGAGGGGAACUCAGCUCUUCGAGUCGCCAUUCAUAAUUUUGCUUCUGCACACAGACGGACUUUGAAAAAUCUGUAAAAAGAAUCUGAAGUCAACUGGUAGUAUUUCAACCUUCACUUAAAAUCAAUCCUGAGAGAUUAUUUAAGAAAAGCUGUUAAAGUGUAUGACAUGUGUAAUCCGGAAAGAAAGACUGUCCCACAUAACACCUGUCUCUGUAAUUUAGAGUGUAACAAUGGUUUCAGUCUCUGCCUUGAGACCAAGAUUGAUGGUUGACUUCCAAACUUGUUUCUUUGCUGUGAACCAUACUGGAACCCGUUGUUUUAAAAGUGAUCAGUGAGACCAGUAAGGUUUCUCUUACUUUGCUCUGCUCUGAUCAGAAGAGAUCAUGCAAAAUCUUUGAGAUUGUCUCAUUUAUUGUCUUUCUAAAACUGUAUCUUUGAGUCUUGAUAAAAUUGAAAAUGUGUGGAUGAAGUAGAAAAGAUGAUGAAAUGAGUUUCUGAGCAUCAGUGGCCAUCUGUAUUGCUCUUAGCUUUUCUAGUUGUGUGUAACAAUGAGAGAGAAGAAUCUGAAUUUGAUUCACAUUUGUUUCUCAGAAUUUUUCUCUUCUUUUUAAAAAAUUUAUUACCUCUUUCAGUGACAUUGUACACAGGACUUUUUAAUUUUAUAGUUUUUAUUGCAAAAAAAAGGGCAAAUAAACCCUCUGUCAUUUGAGCAUCUUCUAUGUGAAAUAAUUCUGAAUGACAUUUCAAAAAGUGAAUCUGAAGUCAAAGUGAGUAAAGCCCUGCCUUAUUUUCCUAUCUUUCAAAAAUCUGAUAAAUGGCAUACCUACAGGGCAGAUGAAAUAAAAAAUUGCUACAGUUAGGAUGAAUUUGUUAUUUCUUCACACUAUUUCCUGGCACAAAAUAUGAAAAGGUUUAAUAUUGUGAAUUAAAGACAGAUACUGACAGUUUCUUUUUCCUACUUUCUCUAACGAUCAGUGUUGAAGACGCACCUAGGUUAUGUAUCAGAAAAUACCUAAACAUCUAGCCAGGUCAUUGAAAAUAAAGAGUCAAAAUUA